AUUUAGGGGAAUAUUGAGGAGGUGAUAGGUAAGUAGUAUUAACGAGGGAGGUUGCUCCAGUUGGGUGCAAUUAUAAGCAGCAAGCAACAGCAGCAGCAGCCCCUCCCAAUAACAAAACCCCUUAGUCUUCUCGAGAGUACCAUUCUUGAUAUCUUCUAAAAAAACCCACAAAAAAAAAAAAAAAAAAAUCACAUCUUUAUCGUUCAAACCGCUUCAAGAUUCGAUAAAAAGGGAGGUCAAUAAACGGCAAAAUAAGCUUGAUGGAAAAUGAAGUGUUUGUAGAACAACAAGUACCAUCCGGCGUUCUUAAAAGCAUACGCUUCAAAGUUCUAUCCGAGGAAGAUGCAGAAAAAGCAUCGGUGAAGGAAGUCACCGUAGCGAAUGAAGUAACCGACCCUGCGUUUGGAUUCCCGAAUCCCGCAUCACAAUGCCAUACAUGUGGUGCCAAGGAUUACCGAACUUGCGAAGGUCACAUAGGUUUAAUAAAAUUUCCGUUCACAAUACUUCAUCCUUACUAUUUACCGGAAGUCGCACAAAUUCUGAAUAAAAUCUGUCCCGGAUGUAAAAACGUUAGAAAAGAUAAGGCCAAGAAUAAUGUCACGGCAUCCCCCGUACAAACCCCUAAAGUUUGCAAAUAUUGCGAUAAAACCUUUAAAGAUAUAUAUCCACCUAUGAAAUUCAAAGUUUCGACAAAAGACGUAUUCGGAAAGACUGCAAUCAUUGUGGAAAUAAAAGGUGUAAAGAAGCUUGUUUCGGAUAAAAGUUUACCUCAUGAUUAUUGGAACUUUGUUCCUAACGAUCCUCAACAAGACGCAACGUUUUCAGCAUUUGAUCGGAAAGUUCUUACACACGUGCAGGUUUAUCAAAUAUUGAAAGACGUUGAUCCAACUUUUCUUAAAGGAUCGCUUGGAAAAAAGAACAAGAUUUUUCUCCAAAGUUUCCCUUUAACUCCCAACUGUCACCGUGUAGCAGAGUUUGGUCAAAAUUUGACUUUUGAUGAACGCACAAGGGCAUACAGAAAAAUGGUAGGCUUUCGUGGUACUGCAAACGAGCUGAGUGCAUGUGUACUUGAGUGCAUAAAACUUUCAAAGAUACGAGCAGAGAAACCUACGCUUCGUGAUCCCGAUGCCGACGAUAAUCCGGCUAAGAUGCAUGGAUUAAAAUACAUGAAAGAAGUUAGUCUAGGGAAGCGAACCGAUUUUUGUUUCCGAAUGGUGUGUGUCGGUGACCCGUACAUAAAGCUAGACGAAAUCGGCGUACCCCAUGAAAUAGCCGAAACGAUGCUAGUUUCCGAGCAACUUAAUUCAUUCAACUGGGAAAAAAUAAACGCAUCUUGUGGCUUACGAAUCCUUCAACGCGGAGAAAUUUUCGUUAGGCGAAGAGGUCGUUUAGUUCCCGUCAGAUAUGGUGAUCAAUUGCGAAUUGGGGAUACCGUUUACCGUCCUCUUGCUGACGGAGACGUUGUUUUGAUAAAUAGACCACCGUCUAUUCAUUCGCACUCACUCAUUGCUCUUCGUGUCAAAGUUCUCCCGGUCAACUGUGUUCUUUCGGUCAACCCUUUGAUAUGUUCUCCGUUACGGGGCGAUUUUGAUGGUGAUAGUCUUCACGGGUACAUUCCUCAAUCGUUGGAAAGUAGAGUCGAGCUUCGGGAGCUCGUUACGUUGGAAAACCAGUUGGUCGAUAAACAAAGUGGCAAGAGUUUAUUGUCGUUGAGUCAUGAUAGUUUGACCGCUGCUCAUCUGAUGCUCGAAGACGGUGUUUUUUUCAACCGAUCCCAAUUGCAACAGUUACAAAUGUUUUGUCCACGUCAGCAGUUGCAACUGCCAGCUGUCAUGAAAAAGUUUAAACAUUUAUGGACCGGGAGGCAGUUGUUUAGUCUUGUUUUGGAUAACGAAUUCGAUCUCGAUGUGGGCGGGACCCAAAUCAAAAACGGAGAAUUUGUAAGCUCGUUAAAUCCGUCUUCUUGCUUACAAGAAGGUGACGAGAAUAUAUACGGUUAUCUGAUCAAAAACUUUAGCGGCGAUAAGGUUCUCGAAUUCCUUCACUCGGCACAAGAGUUGCUUAUCGAAUGGGUGUCAAUGAGGGGAUUUAGUGUCUCGUUAUUGGAUCUUUACUUGUCGUCUGAUUCAAAACGUAAUAUGAAUGACGAAGUUGUUUACGGGUUGCGUGAAGCCGAGCGGCAGGCUCACGGGCAGCUGUUAAUGGUGGACGGGCAUCAAGAUUUUCUUACCGGAAACCUGACCGGAAACGAGGGUUACAGUGAACUGCAGUCGGAUAAAAUGUGUCAUGAUCAACAAACGUUGGCUGCGUUAAGUCGAGCAUCGGCUGCUGCUUUUAAAGAAGUGUUUCGUGAUCUUCAAUCUCUCAUUUACAGUUACGUCUCUAAAGAAAACUCGUUUGUUUCGAUGUUGAAAGCCGGGAGUAAAGGAAACAUGCUAAAGUUUGUGCAGCAUAGCAUGUGUGUCGGUUAUCAACACUCGUUAGUCCCGCUUUCAUUUCACUUCCCUCGCGAGUUUUCGUGUGUUUCGUGGAACAACCAUAAAAGGGCAGAUUUGUCUUUUCCUUCGGGUGUGGAUAGAUACGUUCCUUACGGAGUCAUAAAGAGCUCGUUCUUGUCGGGCCUUAACCCCUUCGAGUUUUUAGUCCAUUCCGUGACUAAUCGAGACGCUUCGUUUGGCGGGCAUGCGGAUAUCUCCGGAACUUUGUUUAGAAAACUCAUGUUUUUUAUGCGGGACUUGUACAUCGGGUAUGACGGGACCGUGAGAAACUGUUACGGGAAUCAGCUCGUUCAGUUUACGUAUAAUUCCGAAAACGCCCCUGGUGAAAGCAAAUCACUUUUGGCUAAAGAAGAGUGCGGGGCCGCUGUCGGUUCCUUGGCUGCGUGCGCCAUAUCCGAAGCGGCUUACGGUGCGUUGGAUCAGCCAGUCAGCGCACUCGAGAACUCACCUUUGCUAAACUUGAAGAAAGUGCUUGAAUGUGGCGUUAGAAAACUCUCCGGUAACAAAACCGCAUCGCUUUUCUUGUCGCAAAAGCUUAAAAGAUGGCAUAACGGAUUCGAAUACGGAGCGUUAGAUGUCAAGAAUCAUUUGGAGAAGCUAUUGUUUCAAGACGUUGUUUCACUCGUCACCAUUUUCUAUUCCCAACAAACCGGCAAACGAUCUCGUAAUAGCCCUUGGAUUUGCUAUUUUCGUAUAAGCAAGGAAGCUGCUGAUAGGAAGCAACUAAAAGUGCAGUCGAUUAUCAAUGCUCUGAGGUCAAAGUGUGCUGACUCAUCAAAUUUCAAGAAAUUAAAAUUAAGUCUACCGAAAUUACAGAUAUCAUCCAAAGAUUAUCCGGAAGAUGAUCCAAUGAAUGAGAACGACGAGAAUAUAUUUAUCACUGCUCAAAUAAUGGACAUCUCAAGCAACUCACUAAAUGUACUCCAAGACGUUGUGGUGCCGUUCCUUCUAGAAACCGUUAUAAAAGGAUCUCCGAAUGUGAAGAAAGUGGAGAUUGUGUGGCAAGACGGUCCGAAAACAUCAAAAAAUUUUAAAGAAUCUUCGGGUGAACUUUACUUGCGAGUUUUCAUGUCGGAAAACUGCGAUAGAAAGAACUUUUGGAGGUCUAUUAUAGGCGAUUGUAUUCAAAUAAUGGAUAUGAUCGAUUGGGAACGAAGCCAUUCAGAUGAUAUUCAAGAUGUUAUUUUGGCACAAGGAAUCGAUGCUGCAAGAAACCACUUUCUUUGUACACUGAAAUCAGCGAUAGAAGAUACCGGUAAAAGCAUACUUCCCCAACAUUUGGCCCUUGCUGCUGACUGUUUAUCGGUGGCUGGAGAAUUCGCUCCGAUAAAUGCGAAAGGGCUUUCCCUACUGAGAAAACAAGCAUCGGUUUCCGCACCAUUUACUCAAGCGUGUUUUGCUAAUCCGUCGGAUUGCUUUGUGAAGGCUGCAAAGAGUGAGGCUUCUGAUAAACUCGAGGGGACUAUUGAUGCACUCUCAUGGGGAAAAGUACCGGCUCUCGGGACUGGUGGAAGAUUCGACAUUUUAUUUUCCGGGAAGGAGCAUCAAAUUGAUAAACCCGUAGAUGUGUACGGUUUCUUAAGCAAGAGUAUUGAUUCUCAUGAAGAGAAGACGGAGGUGGUUGUUGAGUGUAAUAAGGAUAAUAAUAAGCUCGUGAGCAACAAAAGUCCCGCCCUGUUGUUUCCGUAUCCGGAUAUUAAUAUAAACGCGACUACAGAUGCUAUGAAAAUGGUGUUGAAAAAGCAUAUAUCGGCUGAAGAUAUUAAAAGAUUAUCUAAAGAUCUGAAGCAUAUACUUUACAAGUACGAUGUUAAUCACCAGUUAAGCAAAGAUGACAAACUCGUUGCAUGGAAAGCUUUGUUUUUUCACCCUCGAAGGGACGAGAAGAUUGGGAUCGGACUUUUUGAAAUAAAGGUCGGGCACAACAUAAAUCAUGGAAAUACACGUUGCUUUGUUGUGGAGCGAGUCGACGGAACAACAGAAGAUUUCUCGUAUCACAAAUGCAUACAUCACGCGUUGAAACUGAUUGCACCGUUUGAAGCAACCGUAUACGAGUCAAGGUGGUUGAAUGGAAAAGAGUAGUAACGCUUUGUGUGGUCCGUUUAGUCGAUGUAUUUUAUUAUUUGUGUUGUUUUAUUGAUGAAUGUGUGGGCAGAUGGUGUUCUUCAGCUUCUUUUUGCUGCUUCCACUGAAAUUUGUUUGCCGCGAUGAACCGAGCGAGGAAGUCUUAGUGGAAGUAGCAACGAGAAGCUUGGAACAAUCAAUAAUCCUGUUUUUUUUUCUAUUUCUACUACAUGUGUUGUAUUUCCGGUUUAGUUGUUUUUAUGUUUGAACAUGAACGGUAGUUAUUGUCGUAUCUUUCCGUUGCAACCGUCACUCAAGUUCUUACCCGGCGGGUACAAAACCGGGUAUUGUGAUUAA